CGACAAAUUGGCAACCGCACUGUUUGUUUUGGUCAAUCUGCGUCACUUACUUGCCAACACUCCGCAGAUCUGCCGGAAUGACACUCGCAGCGACGUUAACUCCACUCGUUGCAGCCUCGGAUGAGGAACUAGAGCGCUAUCUCCGUGAUGCCGACACGCUUCAGCAGAUUUUGCCGCUUCUUGACGACUUUUUCACGCGUGGGACGGCGCUACAGACGCGUGGCCAGGACGACGACGAAGCGGCCAGAUCACUGUCAAUCGCCAGUCACACUGUGUUCUUGCUGUUUCUGCGGCUAGUGGAUGCACCACAGCUAUUACAACUGGCAACUGACUGUGGUCUGCUGCAUGUGACGCGCCUGGCCCCCUUCUGUCAGCUCUACGGCGUCAAGAAUGCGGAGGCUGUGGGCGAGCUGUUAGACAACGUUGUCGAUAAUGUUGCUGCAUUUCCGACAACUCUGGGCGUGCUGCGGCAACUUUACAUUCAGCAACUUAACGACCUUCACACUGCAGUACAGCAGGCUAAGCGUAACCAAGUGACGGAUCUGAUUCAUCGUUGCUUGGAUCUGAGUCUAUCGCUGCUAGGUAUGACGGCGUCCACUUCGAUAACGCACUUGCUACUACUGAAUGGCAAGGAAAUGGAGACAGAGCUGGCGAUACAGAGCCAAUCAAUACUCUACGCUUUUGUCCAUUGCUACGAGGCGUCACUACCAACGCUACAGCGUCAUCUGUCGACUUUCGACGACAAGGUGAAGACUCUAAAGAGCCCAGUGAUCGCCGAGACUAGACACGCACUGUUGCGGAUACUAGGACGGUGUGUAGACGCUGUAAUGGACCAGCAACAUAAGACAGGGUCUAGUGGAGAGGAAUUACUGGCUGGACUACACGCGCUGAGCAACGGAUGCUUAGACGACGGCGCUGAACAUGGCUCGUACCUGAGUGAUCUGUGGUACUUGUGCGAGUACAAGGACAAAGUGUCGGAGUUCUUUGAUCGCUGUAAACUGGAUUUAGAGACUUUUUCGUACCUGGAUAUGGUGAUUGAGCAGCUUCCGCGACGUCGUAUUCUGUCAAUGUUACUGGAAGACGAUCUCGCCGCAGAGACCAAGGCAAACACGACGCUCUCUGCUGAUGCGAAGGAGUGGAAAGCAUCCGAAGUUGAAGAGAAGAAGCCCGUGGAUUUAGCUCCAAUGGUGAAUCAGGUGAAGGAUUUCUUCCCGAACUUGGGUGAUGGCUACGUGGAGCUUUGUCUCUUGAGUUCGAAUCUACAAGUGGAGGUUGCAAUCAAUUUCCUAUUGGAAAAUAACCCGCCGUCGGUGUUGAUUGACGUACCUCACGAUUUGAAACGUUCAGAUUCUAAAUUUUUAGAUUUAGAAACACAGAUCACGGGUAAGUCAGUGCAGGCUGAAGAGACAAAGAAACUUGACCCUAGUCGUGUGUGGGUGGGGAAGAAAGCGAUGGAGAAGACGUAUGAUCCUCAAAUCGCGAAGAAGGAUCAACAACUGGUUGAGAAGAUGAAGCAGCUUGUUGUCAUGUACGAGGAAGAGGAUGAAUACGCGAUGCCGAGUGGUGACAGAGAGGACGGAGUGACGACACUAGACGAGUACGACGACGAUUACAACGACGAAUUCGACGACUUUGUGCCCUUCAGUGUCCGCGGUGGAGGCAGUGCCGACGACCAGGACGCAAUUCGAGAGCAGAACCGUAGGAUCCGCGCACAGGAGGAGAAGGACGCAUUCUGGGAGAGCAUGAAGAACAGAAAUCGUGAAAAUCCAUUGAAUGUGGCUGCAGAUGAAGAAGAGAAGGAAUAUGGCUCUGGUGAUAAUGGUUCUCGCCCUAAUUAUACUGGAGUCUCGCAGAAUUCAUCAGGUCCAAAGCAGAAAUCUAAUCGACGGAAAAAUACGCAACAAGGCGAGAAGAAACCAGACGAAGCUCCUACGUCGCAGCAGAUACAGCGUCAACGAGCUAGAAAAGACAAAAACAAGGCCAAGAUAGCCAACCACAACCGAAAGGACCGUGCGAUGAAGAAGAUGGGUUAAUCUUCAAAGGUUAACCUUCUCUAAUGAGUGAUCUUUCUGGGUUGUGCUAGAAAAACUGUUUAACAAAACCGAGUUUUUAAAUAAGUACUCAGUACUGAAGUUUAGUAAGUGAUACGACGAAGUCGCUGUACCAUCCUGACCUUCUCGCGAAGGCGCCUACGCGCUGCACGCUCUGCAUCGUGCACGUGAGUCAAGUCAGGAUUCAAGUAGAUGCUCGGAAUGGGAAGUAAAACCUGCUGCGAGGGGACUUCGGGGAGAUGAAGGCGUGGGAGUCUAGUCCUUGAAGACUCACUGUGCAUAUCGUCAUCGUAUCUCAGUCGCUUGUCUUCCAGAAUUUGUUCUAGCCUCGUUUUGGUUGGACCUUGCUCGAAGCGAGAAGAAUGAUCGAACUCGUCACUUAUCGAGGAUCCCCAGUCUUCGCUGUUGCUCUCACUGUCGGUUUGCCCUCCACGAGCGGAUGUAAGAGGUGGAAGACGUUCAUUGUUCUGUGCUGUUGGCUCUGGGUCGGGUGGUGACAACAAUGAAUUUGACGAUCGUGUCUUCCCUUUCUUCAUAAGUGGUGUCCGAGACGCAUCAAAUUCUGGACCCGUUGCGUCGAUCUUUUUGUUACUAUCGAAAUUCUGGGUACUAUAGUCCUCGUCGGGAGGGGUUGGAUCA